AGCGCUGUCGUCUCGAGGCUACGAACGUUAAAGGGUCCGCACAAGAUGUAAAUAUAGUGACAGACCCAUGAAAGAAACGUUAAAAUGGUUUUUGAAAGCGUCGUAGUGGACGUUCUGAAUCGUUUUUUGGGGGAUUAUGUUGUCAACCUUGACAGCUCGCAGCUGAAGCUUGGAAUAUGGGGAGGGGAUGCCGUUCUAAAAAACCUUGAAAUAAAGGAAAAUGCCUUGAGUCAGCUUGAUAUUCCCUUUAAAGUCAGAGCUGGUCACAUAGGACGUCUGGAGCUAAAGAUCCCAUGGAAGAAUCUCUACACCCAGUCAGUGGAGGCCACGCUGGAUGGUGUCUAUCUGCUUAUAGUCCCCACAGCAAGUAUAAAGUAUGAUGCAGAAAAGGAGGAGAGGCAGCUACAGGAGGCUCGUCAGAGGGAACUCCAGCGAAUAGAGGAGACAAAGCAGAAGGCUGCAGAGAAAGAAAACCCUAAACUGGAGAAGCAGGACACCUUUGUAGAAAAACUUGUGACUCAGGUUAUCAAAAACCUGCAGAUCAAGAUCUCAAACAUCCAUGUGCGCUAUGAAGAUGAUGUUACCAAUCAAAACUGUCCUUUGUCGUUUGGUGUUUCACUUCAAAACCUCAGCCUCCAGACAGCUGAUAAAAACUGGAAGCCCAGUCUCUUGGACGAAAAUGCCAAGCUUUUCUUUAAGUUGGUUCGACUGGACAACUUGUUUGUCUACUGGAAUGUCAACUCGGCGCUCUUCUCCAAUCACAAUGCUGAAGAGGCGUUGCGCUGUCUUCAGAGCAGCGUGGAAAUUCAUCCUUCUCUUUCAGCCAGCCACAACUUCAUUUUUCGCCCAAUAUCAGCGGAUGCUAAACUACGAAUGAAUCCCAGGUCAGAUGUGGAUUUUUCUGCUCCUAAAGUGGACUUGACGGUCAACCUCAGUGAGGUGGCUAUAGAGCUCAACAAGCCUCAGUAUAUUAGCAUUUUGGAACUGCUGGGCUCAGUGGAUAUGAUGUCACGAAACCUGCCAUACAGGAAGUACAGACCUGAGGUCCAUGUUCACAAGAAUGCUCUCAUAUGGUGGAAGUACGUGACCACCAGCAUCCUGGAAGUGGACGUGAAGCCACAUCUCCACAUGUGGUCGUGGAAAUUCAUUCACCGGCACCGGCAGAGGGUAAAGUGUUACAAAGACUUCUACAAGACAAAGAUCACCAGCAAGAAGCCCUGCGAGGAGCUUCUGAAGCAGCUAGAGGAGACUGAGAAGACCUUAGAUAUUUUUAAUAUCACAUUAGCUAGACAGCAAGCUGAAGUGGAGGCAAGCAAGGCAGGACUACGUAUUUAUCGUCCAGGGUUGAAGAUGGAGGAGGAGGAGUCUCAGGGUUGGCUCAGCUGGAUGUGGAACUGGGGCGGAGAAGCUGAGACACAAACAAAAGAGACCAAGCCUGGAAGUUUUGAUGAGCUUUUAACCCCUGCUGAGAAAGCCAAACUCUACACUGCCAUUGGAUACAGUGAAACUGCUGCUAAUCCCAACCUGCCAAAAAAGUUUGAAAACAUGAAGGUUAAGUUUCACAUGGAAAGGCUGACCGUGUCCAUCAAGGACAAGAAGGACAAAAACGAGAUCAUCAAGUUGACUGUGGAGGAGCUCAAGUCGACGCUGGCACAGAGGCCUGGAGCUCAAGCCAUCAAAAUCACAGCGCAGCUCAGUUUGUUUGAAGUCACUGGUUUGGCCACAGACAGGCCCGCACCAACCCUCCUUUCAUCGAGGAAGGCAGCCACAGGAGCAGGAACCCCACUGCUCUGCAUCCUGUUUGAAACCAACCCACUGGAUGAGAGUGCAAACCAGCGGCUUCAUGUUGAAUCACAACCCCUGGAAAUCAUCUAUGACGCAAUAACAGUGAACAGCAUGGCAGCAUUCUUCAGGCUGCCUGACGACCUGCAGCUCGAUGAGCUCACCAAUGCGACCCUGAUGAAACUGGAACAGUUCAGAGACCGCACCUCCACCGGUUUAAUGUAUGUGAUCGAAACACAGAAAGUUCUCGACUUGAAGCUGAACUUGAUGGCCUCAUACGUCAUCAUCCCCCAGACCGGCUUUUACAAUGGGACUCAGAACAUCUUGCUGUUGGACCUCGGUCAUUUCAAGAUGUCCAGUCAAAGCAAGAAAAAUCUGCCGCAGCUGUCGGCGUGUUCCAGUAACAUUGAAGACAUUAUGUCCAGAGCGUACGACAGCUUCGAUGUGCAGCUUAGCAGCUUACAGUUCCUUUACAGCAAACCAGAUGGUGACUGGAAACGAGCUCGCAAACAGAAAACAUCUCCACUUCACAUCCUGGAGCCCGUGGACCUGAAAGUGGUUUUCAGCAGGGCCAUGGUUGUCAAAGACUCCCGCAUGCCUAAGUAUAAGAUGUCUGGAGGACUUCCUCUGCUCUCUCUUCGUAUUUCUGAUAAUAAACUUCGAAGCGUUCUGGAGCUGGUAGACAGUAUCCCUCUGCCUGAGAGCAGACCUGCUGCUCGCAGCACUGCUUCAUCUUCAAAUGCAAAGACAAGGCAGUCGUUCACCCCUCAGCUCACUCCCAGAAAACCUCUGAACUUAGCAGACCAGCGCUCCUCUCUUAUGUUUGAGUCAUGUGAGACCAUCAGCAUCUCCUCACUGGGAUCAGAGGAAGAUUUGUUCUAUGACGCUCCCACUUCUCCCAUCGGGGAUAAGCCGUUCUUCCCAGACAAUCCCUUGCCUCUGCGCUACGGAGAUUUAAGCAAAAAAAAGAUCUUCAUCAAAGAAGAUCCUCAGAAGAACAUGAUUGACUUCAACAUGAAGUUUGAGAUCAGUGAGUUGUCUGUUCAGUUGUGUCGUGUGUCAGGAGGUCAAGAGGUCACAGUGCUCCACCUGGAUAUCGAGGGUCUCGGCACUGAGCUGAAGUUGUGCACCUUUAACAUGGUGUCCAACAUCUACCUGCGAGAGAUCUGCCUGAAGUGUCCUGAGUACAUGGAUUCUGAGGAAAAGCAAGUUCAGCUGAUCACCACCUUAGAUAAUUCAGAAGUUGACCUGCUUACCCUGGAGUAUACUAAAGCUGACAAGAACGGUCCUGAGUUCAAAUCACAACACAACAAUACAGAGCAGCUCAUCAAGGUGACCUUUUCAUCCCUGGAUGUUCAUCUCCAUACGGAGGCUCUCCUUAAUACCAUGAACUUUCUCAAUAACCUCCUUCCUCCAUCUGCCAAGAAAGAAGGGGGGGCUGAGGAGCUCCCCACCAUCCCAGAGGAGGAGGAGGCAGAGACUGAAAGGGAGGAAGAGAAGAAGGAGGAAGCUGCUGUUGCCAAGAAAAAGACUUCAAAAAAGUCAAAGUAUGCAGAUGUGGUGAAUCUUCACAUCAGAGCAGAUCUGCGCUGCUUGAAAGUGUUCAUUCGAGGACAGAAAGCCAGAAUCUCUGAGAUUAGUAUUGAAGGUCUGGUUUCUGAGGUCCUGAUGAGGAAGAAGGAGAUGGAGGUCCAAGCCAACCUGAAGAGCAUUGUGAUCCUAGACUGCAACAAAGAUGCCAUUUAUAAGAAGGCUGUCUCUAUUGCUGACAAGGAAGUUUUUUCCUUCCGGAUGAAAAACUUUACUGAUGCAACAGAAGGAGACGCAUAUCUAGACAUGUCUAAAGUUGACACCUGUGUCUCGCUGACAGUUGGAUGUAUUCAGGUCAUCUUUCUCAACAAGUUUGUGUCCUCCAUACUGGCAUUUAUUAAUAAUUUCCAGGAGGCUAAAGAGGCCCUGGCUGAGGUGACGGUUCAAGCUGCGGAAAAGGCAGCCUCAGGUGUGAAGGAACUGGCAGAGCGGAGCUCUCGAAUCGCUCUCAGUGUCCACUUCAAUGCUCCUGUUAUCUUCCUCCCUCAGUCGUCGUCCUCGUCAAAUGUCAUUGUAGCUGAUCUUGGUCUUCUGUCUGUCAAGAACUGUUUUGCCAAGCAGCCCUUUAAAAGUGAUUCUAAAAUCCCACCUGUUGUGGAUAAAAUGACUGUGAAGCUGAGUGACCUCAAGAUGUACAGAACCACUUACAUAAAUGGGGGGUUUCAGGGAGAGAUGCAAGUUUUGAAACCUGUUAGUUUGGACUUGGAAAUUCAGAGAAAUCUGUCAUCCAACUGGUACCACAGCAUCCCCGACAUAGAGAUCACUGCUCAUCUGAAGCCAAUGAAUCUGAUCCUCUGCCAGGAUGACAUGAUUGUUGUCUUGAGGACUCUGAGUGAAAAUCUCUCAGAGAAGUCUGAAGCUGUUCAGCCUCCGGCUACUCUGUCCAUCCGUGAUCGCUCCUCUGACUCUGCUUCCAACAAAGACUUUCAGAACUCAGGAACCUCAGGACCUGCGAGCAGUAACACCGUGGUGACAGCUGCUGUGGUGGAGACGCAGAAACCCAGCAAGUUGAAGACCACACUCAAGCUGGACUUCAAGUUUGACUCCAUGACGCUGGUCCUGUACAGCCCUAAUGAGCAUGUGGUACAACUUUUAGACCUGCAUGAUGAGCAGCUGAAGCUGGCAGAGUUUACUCUGCACACCAUCUCCACUUUUGUCUACAUGUACUCUGACAGCUCCAUGAAGGCUUCAGUCCGACUCACUAUGUGCCUGCUGGAUGACAAGAGACCAAAAAUAAAGAUGGUUACCCCAAGGAUGAUGGCAAUGCGGCCAGGUGCGGAACAGAACAUAAUGGUGGAGGUGAACUACCGUCAGGGCCAUGAAGGCACCGUUUUAGACACGCUGGUGCAGGAUGUGUACCUGUGUGCCAGCAUGGAGUUCCUGCUCACCGUGGCUGACAUCUUUCUUAAAGCCACCCAGCAGGGCUUUGCUCAGGGGGCACAACCUAAAAACAUUACUGGAGCUGGAGAAAAAAAGAACAUUAACUCCUCUGUCACAUCAAAAGACUCGAGUACGGCUCUAGCCCCAGUGUCGAAGACAGAGAUGAACGUCGUGGUGCGCAACCCAGAAAUUGUGUUUGUGGCUGAUCUGACUCGUGCUGAUGCGCCAGCCCUGGUGAUGACCACACAGUGCGAGCUGCAAAUGAAGAGUAGUGCCGAGGGGUCACAGAUGAGUGCAGUCAUCAAAGAGCUAAAGGUUAUGGCGUGCCCCUUCUUAAGAGAGAAGAGGAAAAACAAUGUGACUACUGUUCUGCAACCAUGCCAGGUGUUCUUUAACAGUACUCAGUCCCCAACUUCCCCUCAGGCUAUGGAGGUCUCCAUCAACACUCUCUCAAUGAAGGUGUCCCCUGUCAUCAUCAACACGGUGAUUACCAUCCAGUCGGCACUGAGCCCCACAGCGGAGACUCCCGAGGAGCAGGACAGGCCUGUUCAUGUGGAUCUUUGGGAGAAACGAGGCUGGAAGGAGCUCAAACUUUGGUUCUUGGAAGAGGAAGAGGAUGAAGACACAAAGUCACUGACCCCACUGAUUCCCCAGGGAGAGUCCUUAAAAGUUACCAUAAAUUCAAUUUGUCUGACUCUGGAGGCUGGAGUGGGACAUCGCACUGUCCCCAUGCUUCUGACCAAGUCCUCCUUUCAUGGAGAUGUGAAAAACUGGUCCACACUCAUUAACUUACACAGUGAGCUCAACCUUGAGAUGCAUUAUUAUAAUGAGAUGUUGGGGGUGUGGGAGCCACUGGUGGAACCCUUAGAAGACGAGACAGGAGAAGGUUUCAGACCAUGGAAACUGGAGUUGAAGAUGAAAAAGAAGCCAGUCAACUCAUCUGUUUCAUCAGAUGAAAUCGAUGGCAAUGUCCCAGACUACAAGACAGCGAUUUUCAUCCGGAGUAAAGACCAGCUCAACAUCACACUGUCCAAAUGUGGGCUGACCAUGCUGAGUAACCUGGGCACAGCGUUUGCAGAGGCUGCCAAACAGACCACAGAGUGUUCUCAAAAAGAUGAAGCUCCAUUUGUUGUGAAAAACAUGCUGGGACUUCCAGUGUCCGUCCGCCACAGUGAGAUGUUUUCUCCAAUCAACAAGGACAGCACCAACAACCACACUGUCAAGCUGCAGAUUGGAGAAACUUUCGAGAUGGACUAUUUAACUAAAACAGACUCUGAUCAGUUCUCAGCAAUGAUCUCCCUGAGUGAAAAAGAUUACUACUUACAGCCCACUCCAGAGGGCCACACAUCAGCCAGUGUGAUCCCCCUGGUCAAAGUGGGCAGAGGGUUGUACAGCGUCAUGCACACAGACUCAGGAGUCACUCGCUUCCUGGUCUGUCAAGUUUCCUCUAUGGAGGGCAGCAAGUACAUCAAGAUCCGCUCUCCUUUCCAAAUUAUUAAUCAUUUCUUGAUACCGUUUAAAGUUUUGGAGGGAUCAGUAUGUCUGGGUAUAGCUGAUCCGAAUGAGGAGUUUUGUGUGCCUCUGGAUUCGUACAGGUCUGAACUGAGCCUGCAGCCUGUAAUAGAUGACGGAGCUGACGCUCAUCAGUUUGAGAUGUCAGAGGGCUUUAGUUACGAGGAUGUCAGCAACCUACAACCUGGAAUAGGGCUGAAGCAGACCUGCCGUCGCCGUGGGGAACAGCAUGGUGGGAUGACGAUCAAGUUUGUGCCAUUAAAGGAAGCUGUGACGUUCAAACACACUAUAGGCAAUGGGGACCUCUUUGACAUGCCCUUUGUGUUGCACCUCUGGCCUUCUGUGUUGCUGCGCAACCUUUUGCCUCAUCCCAUUGCCUACAAACUAAAGGAAAAUGGAGUUUCUGCCCCUGAAGUCACUCUGAAUCCAGGCCACUCUGCUCAGCUUCACACUGCUGUCAUCAAUCAGUCAAAACUCGAUCUUCGCCUGGUGGAUUAUUUGGCUCAGGACUGGUCUUCUGAAUACAGCCUCCAGAGUGACCAGGAGGAAAUCACCUUCAUCAUGUUCCAGUCUCUACACGUGGAUGAUGAAGAACUUGGAGAAGGGACAGAGAGGAAGAGGGCUGAGUUGGACAUAGCAGUUCAUGUUAAAUAUGAUCCAGGACAAACUGUUAUUGCCAUCCACUCUCCGUACUGGAUGGUGAAUAAAACGGGCAGGUUGCUGCAGUACAAGGCCGACGAUAUCCACCGUAAACACCCCUUAGAUUACGACAUGCCCCUGCUUUUCUCCUUCAAGCCUCGCAACUUUUUGCGAAACAACAAGGUUAGACUGAUGAUCUCAGACAGUGACCUAUCAGAUGAUUUCUCUCUGGACACAGUUGGCAGUCAUGGAGAUAUGAAGUGUAAAGGCAGAUACAAAGAUUACCUGGUUGGCGUGAAGAUCGAGGCGAGCAGUUUCAGUCUCACUCGCAUCGUGACCUUCGUACCGUUUUACACGCUGGUCAACAGAACCAAGCACCGGGUCUUCAUAUGUGAGGAAGGGCAAGAAAGCUGGACUGCGGCAGAGCCAGAACAGUCUGCUGUUCCAUUCUGGCCUGAGAACGACACCAAGAGGCUAAAGAUCAAAGUUGAAGGAUGUUUAGCGCCUCCUCAGACUAUUGACUUCACACGACCUGAGAACUGCCUGCUGCUUCAUUUAGACAAAUCUGUGGGUGGCAUUAUUGUAGAUGUGAAUCUAUCGGAGCAUUCAGCCACAAUCCGAUUCUCUGAGUACCAUGAUGGUGCAGCCCCCUUCCUCAUCAUCAAUCACACCAAAGAUCACACUCUUCAGUUCAGUCAGAGCUCUCAGAUGGAGACAGAGUCAGAGGAGCUGGAGGCUGGGAAAGCUGUGCACUACACCUGGACUGAGCCCACUGGGUCCCGAGAGCUUUGCUGGAAGUGUGGCAAUUACAGCGGGAAGCUGAAGAAUGAAGAGGACCUGAGAGAAGACCUGAACAAAGAAGGAAAACUUUUUGUGAUUUCUUUUUUUGAAGGUCUCCAGCGUGUUGUGCUGUUCACCGAGGAUCAACAGAUCUACAAACUGCUGUGCGACAAUGAAAAGGUGCAGCGGGCUGAACAGGAAAUCAUCCUGUCACUACAGAGCAUGGGCGUGUCUCUGGUUAACAACACCAACAGCCAAGAGGUUUCCUAUAUUGGAAUCACAAGCUCUGAUGUGGUUUGGGAGUUUAAGCCUAAGAAGAAGAAUCGAUGGAAAACUCUGAGCACUAAAGAAACUGAGAUGCUGGAGAGCAAGUUCAGGGAGUACAUCGACUCUGGGCCCAAUGACGAUGUCACUGUUGAACUGCAGAACAACUUUCAGGUGUUAUUUACAACUAAUGGUGCAAAUAUGCAAAUGAUUCAGCCAACGGAAGCUCCUCUUAGGAGGCACUUCCUGCCCGGAGUGAAGGUUGAAUACAGCGUCUCACCUCGACAGAAAACCUACAGAGUCCAAAUCCACCACAUCCAGCUCCAGAAUCAGCUGCCAGGAGCCAUCUUCCCAUAUGUUUUUUACCCCGUAAAGCUGCCAAAGUCAAUCACUAUGGAUUCAGAACCUAAACCUCUUACUGAUAUCAGCAUUGUUACCAGAGCCGCAGGACACUCUGACAUCUCUCGCAUCAAGUACUUCAAAGUGUUGAUUCAAGAGAUGAAUCUAAAGCUUGAUCUGGGCUUCCUGUACGCCAUACUGGACGUUUUCACUCCUGAGAAUGCCAGCAUCAUGACCUCGGAACAGGAGGUUGAGCAGUUUCAGAAAGAUGUAGAGUACAUAAAGACACAACUAAACCAUGUGUCUACUGCUGAUACAUCUCCUAUCAGUCUCUAUGAGUACUUCCACAUUUCACCCAUCAAGCUGCAUUUGAGUUUCUCUCUCAGCACGGGAGGAGAAGAUGGCUUGAAAGAGAAGAGAGAUAAAGAACUCAUCCCCGUCCAGUCCCUCAACCUGCUGCUGAAAAGUAUCGGAGCGACUCUCACUGAUGUGCAGGACGUUGUCUUCAAACUGGCCUUCUUUGAGUUGAACUUCCAGUUCUGUACCACUCAGCAGCUGCAGUGGGAGGUCAUUAGACAUUAUUCUAAGCAGGCUAUUAAACAGAUGUAUGUGCUUGUGCUGGGCCUGGAUGUGCUUGGAAACCCCUUUGGGCUGAUAAGAGGAUUGUCAGAGGGUGUAGAGGCUUUCUUCUAUGAACCCUAUCAGGGAGCCAUCCAGGGUCCUGAGGAGUUUGUUGAGGGAAUGGCUCUCGGUGUAAAAGCUCUGGUUGGAGGAGCUGUAGGGGGGUUAGCAGGUGCAGCCUCCAGAAUAACGGGCGCCAUGGCGAAAGGCGUCGCUGCAAUAACCAUGGAUGAAGAAUAUCAGCAGAAGAGACGAGAGGCCAUGAACAAACAACCCAGUGGCCUGAGAGAUGGGCUGACCAGGGGUGGAAAAGGACUUGUUUCUGGGUUUGUCAGUGGAAUCACAGGGAUUGUUACCAGACCCAUUAAAGGAGCCCAGAAAGAGGGUGCAGCAGGCUUCUUCAAAGGUGUUGGCAAAGGUUUGGUUGGUGCAGUCGCUCGGCCUACAGGAGGCAUUAUCGACAUGGUCAACAAUACCUUCCAGGGAAUCAAGAGGGUGGCAGAGACCUCGCAGGACGUCAUAUCUCUACGUCCUCCUCGCUUCAUACACGAGGACGGCGUCAUACGGCCGUAUAAAGAGAGGGAGGGCAUCGGCAGCCAGAUGCUGCAGAAAAUUGAGAACGGACGUUUUGCCAAGUAUCGAUACUUUGCUCAUGCGAAGGUCAACGAGUCCGACUUCUUCAUGAUCACCAAGAGAGGAAUCUUUUUUGUGACCAAAGGCACGUUUGGCCAGCUGACCUGCGAGUGGCAGUAUCUGUUUGAGGAAUUCACCAAGGAUCCAAUAAUUGUCGAGCGCCGUCGACUUCGUAUCGAGGCCAAGGAAAGAGUGAAAUCAGUCUUCCAUGCUAAAGAGUUUGGAAAGAUCAUAAACUUUGAAAGUGCCGACAUAGCCAAGUGGGUUCUUACCAAAUUGGAGGAUGCCAGAGAGAGUUUACCCAAAUACUGAUGAAGAAGAACAAGAUGUGCUCAACACACACACACAAACACAAUCUGUGUGUGUCAGUGCCUUCAUUAUUGCAUGCCUGUUUUUGUCUCCUUACAUGUGUGAGCUGUGCAGAGAUGGUGUGAAUGCUGAGCAUGUGUUGGGAUUAAAUGAGUGUGUGCGCGCGUGCACGGUAAGAGAAGUGCUAUAAAUGGGUUUCUGAACUACAAUGAACUAUUUCACCCCAGAAGCUCA